UCCACCUUGAUCCAACCCUAACUAAUAUCAAAUAAACAAAUUGAUAUAUAGUAGGUUUGAUAUAGUACUCAGUGUUCAUCAUCAUGCCUAGAGAAAGGGAUCCUUUGGUUGUUAGUAGAGUGAUCGGUGAUGUGUUGGACCACUUCAACAGAUCAAUAUCAAUUCGAGUAAUCUACAAUAGUAGAGAGGUAGCAAAUGGAUGUGAUCUCAGGCCCUCAGCUGUGGUCAACCAACCUAGGGUUGAGAUUGGUGGCAAUGACCUUCGGAUUUUAUACACACUGGUUAUGGUAGACCCUGAUGCUCCAAGCCCAAGUGAACCAAACCUAAGAGAAUAUUUGCAUUGGUUGGUGAUUAACAUUCCUGAAGGCACCACGACGAAUUUAGGGCAAGAGAUUGUUUCCUACGAGAGCCCACGACCAACGGUUGGGAUUCACCGAAUUGUUUUUGCAUUGUUCCGACAACUUGGUAGGCAGACCAUCGAUGCUCCAGGAUGGCGUCAAAACUUCAUCACCAGAGACUUUGCAGAGCUCUACAACCUCGGAUUGCCAGUUGCUGCUGUCUAUUUUAAUAGCCAAAGGGAGAGAGCUGUGGGAGCAGGAAGAAGACAAUGA